AUGAACGUCAAUAGCUCAAACAGCAACCUCGACAAGAAGGAGAACCAGGACCCCUACAGCAGGGAUACCAAACAGACCAGAAACAAGACUAUACAGCAGGAGCCCAACGUCUUGGCGGAAAGCAACGACAACAGCGCCAUAAGAUCAACAACGAAGCGUCAGUUAAGCAAAGACAAAGAGAGCGAGGGUUCCGCGGGCAGAAAUGCAAAACGGACGAAGACGACGAAGCCCCAGCAGAAUGACGCACCUCGAUACUUCAACACCCGAUCUCAGUCUGCCACGACUAAACGCUUGUUGGACAAGGAUGACUUGGACGGGGUUGAAAGGGAGCAUAAGCGGAAUCGAACGAAUGAACAGGGACAAACGUCGGUCGACUCGCUCAACACCAGCGAUGCAUCCUAUCACGACCAAGAAUCUGUCCAAUCCUCCUCUCGCCCGGCCCGUGCGACCGCCCGUGCAACCCCCCGUGUAACCGCCCGUGUAACCGCCCGUGUAACCGCCCACAAGCUUACCGAGAACUCUAGGGCAUCAUCAUCUUCACGCCAAACUAAGCGGAACACACUUCCUUCUUUUCGACACGCGAGUUUGGACCCGUGGGGGCGACUUGACGCGCACAUCCCGCAAGUUGAGAUGUCCUUUGACAUUGCGCCACUUGACUCAGCUUUGAACGCGCAGUCAUCUCCAGUGAGCACGGCAACGCAUCAAAACUCAGUUAAUCCCGAGAACAGCGAAUGGUCCAAUCUUGACAACCUUUCUGAAUGGCUCGCCUUCGAAGAUGAAGAGGCAUCAGAGCCAUCAAAAGCCGUAUCGCUGACUGUUGAGGAGAAACAGAUUGUGGAGAAACGCAAUGCCGAGGCGGACGAUUUUGUAGCUAAGGAAAAGGAGAAGGACAUCUUGAGAGCAGAGCGCAUCAAGAUUGAGGAGAUGUCGCGUAUCCAGCAUCAGCAAGAGAAGGAAGAAGCGCGCCGUUUGAAGGAAGAAGCGCUCCGCUUGAAGGAGGAGGAGCGUGUGCGUGAAGAAGAAGCCAAGAAGCGUGAAUUGGAGAAGCAACGAGCUGAUCGUCGAAAGUGGUGGGCGGAGCAAGAGGCAAAGCUCCAGAACCCAAAGAGUUUUGACGAGGCACCUCUGUGCCACCAGCAACACCUUAUGGCCGAGUUCGAGCGGGAGAUGAAAGAGGAACGCAAGCUCCAAUAUCGUCUCUCCCAACAACAGCGGGCAGCGGCAGCCAUGACUGAGUUCAAGUUAAAGAUGGAAGGGGAACGCCGGAUCCGAUAUCUCCACAACCAACUACAACAGGCGGCGGCAGGGACAGCAGCGCUCCAGCAUCGCCAGGUCCGAUAUCUCGGCAACCAACAACAGCAGGUGGUGGCAGGGACAGCAGCGCUCCAGAAUCUCCAGGUCCGAUAUCUCGGCAACCAACAACAGCAAGCGGCAACAGGGACAGCAGUGCUCCAGCAUCUCCAGGUCCGAUAUCUCGGCAACCAACAACAGCAAGCGGCGACAGGGACAGCAGUGCUCCAGCAUCUCCAGGUCCGAUAUCUCGGCAACCAACAACAGCAGGCGGCGGCAGGGACAGCAGCGCCCCAGCAUCUCCAGGUCCGAUAUAUCCGCAACCAACAACAACAGGUGGCGCCGGGGACAGCAGCGCACCAGCGUCGCCAGUUUAUUCCUCAACGCUCUAAGCUGAACAUCCGCCAGGACGACUGA